GCCAUGUCCCAAGAUGGCGGAGGCGGCGGAGCUGAAGGAGUCAGAGUGUGUCACCACCUUUGCCCACCAGACUGUGGAAUAUGAAAUUGCCCCUGCAUAUGGUUAUGAGCUUUAGGGUAUCAGAAUUACAAGUUCUCUUGGGCUUUGCUGGAAGGAACAAAAGUGGAAGGAAGCACGAACUUCUCACAAAGGCAUUACAGCUGCUGAAAUCCGGCUGCAGCCCGGCUGUCCAGAUGAAAAUUAAAGAACUGUACCGGCGGAGGUUCCCGAGAAAGAUCUUAACCCCUUCGGACUUGUCGAUGCUCCACAUUCAGGCAGGGCAGCUGCCCUCGGCCACCGCGCUGACGCAGGGCACGGUGUGUCACCUGCCUUAUGACCACAGCUCCGCCGCCGCCGCCGCCGUGCCGGCGGCUCUGCUGCCGCCGGUGCCCGUGCUGGGACCCAAGCACGAGACGGACGUUCAGCAUUUAUCGCCGCCCAUCCAUCCCGUCCAUCCGGACGUCAAGAUGAAGAGGCUGCCCUUCUACGACGUUUACGAUGAAUUGAUAAAACCCACCACAUUAGCCUCAACGAACAGUCAACGGUUUGAAGAAGCUCACUUCACCUUUGCUCUAACUCCCCAGCAAGUUCAACAGAUCCUCACCUCCCGAGAUAUCUUACCGGGUGCCAAAUGUGAUUACACUGUUCAGGUGCAAUUAAGGUUUUGCUUGUGUGAAACCAGCUGUCCCCAAGAAGAUUACUUCCCUCCUAAUUUAUUUGUCAAGGUCAAUGGAAAACUCUGUCCCCUGCCUGGUUAUCUCCCACCCACAAAAAACGGCGCAGAGCCGAAACGACCCAGCCGCCCCGUCAACAUCACUCCAUUGGCACGGCUUUCGGCAACUGUCCCCAACACGAUUGUAGUGAACUGGUCCUCGGAGUUUGGCAGGAACUACUCUCUGUCGGUGUACCUGGUGAAGCAGCUGACGUCAGUAACGCUGCUGCAGAAGCUCCGAGCCAAGGGCAUCCGAAAUCCAGACCAUUCGCGAGCCCUGAUCAAAGAAAAACUAACAGCUGAUCCUGACAGUGAGAUAGCUACAACGAGCUUACGAGUUUCCCUGAUGUGUCCACUGGGUAAGAUGAGGCUGACGGUGCCCUGCCGAGCCAUCACGUGCACCCACCUCCAGUGCUUCGAUGCAGCGCUCUACCUUCAAAUGAACGAGAAGAAACCCACGUGGACUUGUCCUGUGUGUGAUAAGAAAGCCCCAUACGACAACCUGAUAAUCGACGGGUUGUUCAUGGAAAUCCUGAACUCCUGCACGGACUGCGAUGAGAUACAGUUCAUGGAGGACGGCUCCUGGUGCCCCAUGAAGCCGAAGAAGGAGAACCAGGAGGUGUGCCAGGCGGCUGCCUUCAGUGGGAUCGAGGCCAGCUCCCUUUACACUGUGAGCUCCGAGGGCAAGAACUCUUCGGAGGGCAAAAAAAAAGUGGAGGUUAUUGAUCUCACUCUGGACAGCUCGUCGGACGAGGAGGAGCCGCCUGCCAAGAAGCAGUGCUCGGUCUCCAGCGUGGCUCUCCCGACGGCGGCCGGGCCCAAGGGGGUAUUAAGUAUUGAUCACCAGCCGUCUUCUGUGCUUCGAAGUCCUCCCAUGGCAGCUCUGGGCAGCGACUAUCUCUCCAACCUCCACAUUCCUGACUACCAUCCUUCCUACCAGGUGCCCUCGGAGCUUCAAGGUCUGGAUUUGUUUUCCUUCCUUCAAAGUGAAAAUCAGCAUUACAGCCCUUCCGUGAUCACCUCCCUGGAUGAGCAGGAUACGCUCGGCCAUUUCUUCCAGUACAGAGGCGCGUCUAGCCACUUCAUCAACAUGAACCCCCUGGCCCCGGUGAUGGCAGGCUCUCACAGCGCCGUCAGCCCGGCCGGCGGCCGCAUCAGCAGCAUCGUCUCCACCGGCGCGCUGCGAGAGAGCCACGGACACAACGGCACCAUGAGUAGCAACGCGGCGCUCCCGGCCUGCAGGCCAGACAUCAUUUCCCUGGACUAAGCCCACGCUGACGGCUGCGAUUCCCUCUACCGGGGAUGGGAGACGAGGGCGGAUUUCCAGCAGCUGCCUUAGGGAUUGGCUUCCCUCUCCGGGGCUGGAAGGACCAGGCCAAGCGCCGUUCGGUUGUGUCUCUCCUCUCUCGGUUGAGGCCGUCUCCCCCACGUAGCCAGUGGCCCCCAGGCCUUGCGCUGGCGGUGUCCGGUCCUCCUCUGUUGGGAAGGAUGCGUCCCACGGCUCUGUCUGCGUGCACGCUCCUGAGCACGUUGGGAUGUGGGCUGGGGCGCGCCUGUUUCCGAGGGUUGACCAAAGCCCCUGACUUUAAAGAAGUAUUUUAAAAACGAUUUAUCUGAUGUAGGAUUCUGCUACAGACAUCGGAGAGCUGAGGAGGAGAAUUCAGCCGCCCCCUCUGCCGCGGGAGCAGCGCCCGCUCCCCAAAAGCAGCGUGUCCCUGCGCUGGCACCCCCCCCAAACCCCACGGGGACCCUCACAAGUGCGGCUGGGGCCGGACGGGGCUGCCUCCCGAGCCCCGACUGGGAAUUAUUCCUCGUUUUUAACGGAAGAAGG